GCGCUUAGUUCCGAGGCCCUUCCCGCGCUUUUCGUAAACUGUCGCCAUGCCGAUUGUAUCGAAGACUGUGAGGUGAGGGACUAGGGUUUAUCAAGACUCAAUUCUCUAAUUUCUCGUUUCUAUGGCUUCGGAUUCUUCUUCUCGUCCUUUCAAGCGUCUCCGUAAGAACGAUGAUCAAGAGGGCACGGAGCAGAGCGCUGAGAAGGCUUGCGAGAGCUCUCCCACUAGCGGGAAAAAUCCUCUAGUUGUUUUUGCACAUGGCGCCGGGGCUCCAUCUACGUCAGAAUGGAUGAUCAGGUGGAAGAAGAUGCUUGGAGAAGCAUUGGGGGCUGUUGAAGUAAUCACAUUUGAUUAUCCAUAUAUAUCUGGUGGAAAACGGAGAGCUCCUCCUAAAGCCGAAAAAUUAGUUGAUCAUCACUUGGAGGUUGUAAAAGCUGCUGUGCAGAAACAUCCUGGACAUCCUUUGGUCUUGGUGGGCAAAUCCAUGGGUUCCAGGGUCAGCUGCAUGGUUGCGAGUGCACGAGACAUCAGUAUUUCAGCAAUUGUUUGCUUGGGCUAUCCUUUGAAGGUUUUUCUUAAGUCUCCUAUGUUUUCCAUGCAAUUCAUUGCUCUGUAUACAAUGGAGGGUAUUAAUGGAUCAGUGCGUGAUGAAACUUUGUUGCAGCUGACAAUUCCAACCAUGUUUGUGCAGGGAAGUAAGGAUAGUUUGUGUCCUAUCGACAAACUAGACUCUACAAUGAAGAAAAUGAAAUGCGGCAAUAAUUUACAUGUUAUUGAUGGAGGUGAUCAUUCUUUCAAGAUAGGAAAGAAGUUUCUGGAGUCUUCUGGAUAUAGUCAGGAUGAUGCUGAAAGAAGGGCAGUGAGAGCAGUCAUGGAUUUUGUCAUCAGAGCUAUCAAAGGGGAGCUGAUUUGAAAGAUCUGUAGAAGUGGAGGUUAGCAACUUUAACUUUGUAUUUUGCCCCCUUUUUCUUUUGGGAAAUUUACAUACCUAGCACACAGUUCUUGUUUAUUUGCAUAUCUCACACCCAAACUUUCAUAUUUGCAUACAGAGCACUUUGGUGCUUUAAACCUAUGCAUGAAAAAAUGUAAUUCAUUUCUAAAAGUGGCAAUGGUGCUAUUUUUUAUGU